AGAGGCGUUGCCAGGCACCCAGAUAAUUGACAUUAGGUUUGCCUAUGACAUCAACGAUUUACAGAAGAAAUGGAAGAAAUUAAAAGAGGCAAAUAAUAAUUUGCAGUUUGCCGAAGCUUAUGAAGUAGAAACUGGCAGGAAACGAAUGAUUCACUCCUCAAAUUGCAGCUGCUCAAAUGAUGAUCUUGUUGAUGCUAAGGAGUUUUAUUUGACUAAAGUCGAUCAUUUAAAAGUUGCUGUUGCCAUGGAGAGGAACAACGCCCUCACUCACAAACUCCCUAUUGCUUUUGUCACAUUUGCCAAAGGAGUCACACCAAAAGUUUAUGUUGAGUCAUACAAGCCAUGUAGAAGAACACCACAGUCAAGUCUUUCUGACAGUAUUAAUUCUAAUAAUUGGGAACUCUUUUUGUCACCUCUCUCAUGGGAUUUAAUAUGGGAGAAUUUAUCGUCUAAUCGUGUAAUUUGGUGGCUAAGAUGGUUCACUCUUAAUUUGAUUUUAAUUUUGUUUGUAAUAUUCUUCACAACUCCGCCUGUCAUUUUAAACAGUAGCGAAGAGAUAUGGAUCUACUUUAAACACAAAGCAGGAGAAUUAAAUAUAACAAUAAAGAAUGCCACGGGAUAUGGCGUCCCUGGUUUUGUUCAGUCAUAUUUUGCAUCAUUUCUCAGUAUCCUGCUAGCAUCUCUGAUGAUGUACUGUAUCACUAAGAGUGUAGCCUUUGAAUAUCACUGGUCAAAGUAAUGA